GUUUGAAGAACUACUAACAAACUUGCCUAAUGAGCAAAAUCAUGUCAUAAAUGAGUUGGUAGCAGACUUAGUGUUCAAGAAGUCUUUCCUAAGCAGAAGCAGGAAGCACAGAAGGCCAACCAGAGAUGUCCAAGCCCCAGGGGGAGAACACUGUGCCCAUGAUGGUCCUGGAUGCAGCUCAAAAAAAGAGACUCCAGCAGCAGAUGCAGCAGCAUGUUCAGCUCCUGACUCAGAUCCACCUUCUGGCUAGCACCAACCCCAGCCUCAGCUCGGAGGCCAGUACCACCAAGAUGUUCCUUAGGGAACUGGGGACCUUUGCUCAAAGCUCUAUUGUCCUUCACCAGCAGUUCAAUUCCAAGUUUCAGACCACAUUCCAGCCUUGUAACCUGAAGGGUGCUAUACAGCUCAUUGAAGAUUUUCAUUCACAUGUCAGCAUUGACUUGAGCCCCCCAAAAAAGGUCCAGAAGAAUGAUGAGGGACAAAAUCCUGAAUAUCCAACCAAUGAAUUUCCUUGUCUGCCGAAGCAAGUGGCCUGGAUUCUGGCCACAAGCAAGGUCUUCAUGUAUCCAGAGCUGCUCCCAAUACGUUCCCUGAAGGUGAAGCAUCCCAAGGAUAAGAUAUUUUUCACCAAAGCAGAGGACAAUUUAUUAGCUUUGGGGCUGAAACAUUUUGAAGGGACUGAGUUUCCAAAGCCGCUAAUCAGUAAAUACCUCCUGACUGCCAAGUCUGAUCACCAGCUGACUGUGAGAAUCAAGAACCUCAACAUCAGCCGGGCUCCUGACAAUAUCAUCAAAUAUUACAAGAAGACAAAGCAAUUGCCAAUAUUGUUUAAGUGCUGUGAGGAGCUUCAGCCUGAUCAAUGGAAGCCGCCUGUGGAAAGGGAAGAACGGCAUCUUCCUUUCUGGUUAAAGGCCAGUUUGCCAGCUAUCCAGGAAGAAAUACAGCAGUUAGAUAAUGAUGCUGGAGGAUCAGGAGACCUGUCUAGAUUAGCCGAGACAACAUGUGACCCAGAUCUGGAGUCGGGGAGCGAGAGCCGCUAUCCCCUGCUGCUGCCCAAGGGUGUGGUGCUGACCUUGAAACCGCUUGCCAAACGCUUUUCUUCAAGGAAGAUUUGGAGGCAGAAGUCAGUCCUGAAACCCCUCCUCAUCCGCCCUGCCCCUGCUCUCCAGCCUUGCUCUAAUGACAGUGCUGGAGGCAGAUUAGCCCCAUGUGAGACCCCUCCAAGGAGAGGGGAGGUCCCAGACGCCCAGCUUAGGCAGCCAGCCACCGUCUUGAAGACAGGGCCAAAGGCUUCGCCCUUAGGGGGCACAGGGCGUGGUGGUGGUGGGAUUCCCGUGAACUUGCCUCCACUAGCCCCCAAGAACACAGCCAGGGCCCAAGCCUUCCUUUGUCCCUUUCCUGCAGCCUUCCAGUCCAAAGUCUUGUUGCCAUCAGUUGUUGCUCCCAAUCGAGGUGAGCCAAGGAUGAAGCCCCCAAAGAGAAAAUCGGCCGAGGCCUCCCGUCUCCUGAAGCCUGCCCCCGUCCUUCCCUCUCCCCGGGUGAUCCUUACGGUUCCUGCCACCGCUAUGGGAGUUGUGGGUCUCAACAGCCGUUUUAAUGCGAUCCAGCCUCCGAGAGCCACAGCUCAGAACCCUCAGACCAUCCCCAUAACGACCGUCUUGGUUAGCCCUACAUCCUUUAUCUGUCCAUUAAACCAGCCCCUUAUCGCCUCUUCUAUUCCACCUUUACUUGUUUCUGGAAAUCCUGUGAAUCUCCCUGUGCCAUCGACCCCUGCAGAAAACACCCAGGCGAAAUCAGGCAUUCCUGGUCCUCAGCCUGAAGGGGAAAGUGCCUUUCCCACUGUGGAUCCCAAGCAGAAGUCCCAGGACUCAUCUCCCCCUUGUUCAAGCCCCUAUCCCAAAGAAAAGCACAGCCCGGGGCCUCCUCCACCAAGCGGGGACCGUCAGGGACACCUGUUUGAGAGCAAUGCUCAUAGCUGGACAGUCGUGAAGAUGCUGGAUGGGAGGCAAGUCCUGCAGCCGCUAUCUCGUGCCUCUCAGAUGGCCAUCAAUUGUUUGCCAGAGAAUUUACUGAAGAUUGUUAAAGUAGAACCUGAGGAGUUCGAGGAGGAAGCCAGCUGGACUUGGAACAGGUUCCCUGAGCCAGACAUUUGUGAUGAAAUUAAAAAAGAGGUCUCCACGGAGUCGGAGGUGGAACCCCCAUAUGAGGAGGCAGAUAGUGCUGCCCAAGUGAAGCAAGAGGCCGAUUUACAAGAGGAAGAAGGUGAGACAGCAGUGGGGACUCCUGGUGAAGGGAAGCCAGGAGGAAAGAUGAGCAAAGGGUCUCCCAAGAAUACUUCCUCUUCCACUAAUCCUGAUACCAUACUUAGAGUUCCCUUAGGUAAGCCUGAGGACUCAUUUAGUGUUGUUGGUCUGACAGUGAGGACCCAUGCUGGGCCAGAAACAGGAGAUGAAAAACUUAAGCCAAAAGAGGAGGAAGAGGAUUUUGAUGAAGAUGAAGAAAUGACAUCUGACUCUGAAGAUGAUGUGCCGUUUGUUCCAGAGUUUCAGGAAACCGUGGAGAAGCCGACAUGUCUGGUGUCUGGGAGGUGCGUGGGCCAGGAGAGUGAUUCUAAAGAAGAGAAACCUUGGAAAGAGAAUUCUUGUCCUGAGGCUGUGGUGAAACUGGAGAAAGAUGAUGAAAUGAUGGAUGAAGCAGAUAGAGAUCCUUCCUUCCACCCUUGUUUCACCUAAAGCAGUCCUAGAAAUGGGGACCAAAAGGACGCCCAACCCAGGGAAGAGCACCAACGCUGUUGGACAUCCGGAGCUAGUGAAGCCCUGUAGGGGCUAGAAGGGACACCCUAGAGCUGCUCUUCCAAUGCAGUGAGCGCAUCCUAGAAUGGAACUCCCUGAGGGAAAAGUACGUGGUAUAUUGUUCCAGUGGACCUAGCUAGCGUAAGACCACAGUUGCCUAUGGUAUUUGCUUUGGACAGACCGUCUCUGUUUCUUGAAUUGACCUACCUCUAAUUCAGAUGGGCGCUCACCCAACCAGUUCUCAGAUUUGUUCUUGUGCCUUGAUCUCACCUUUUAUUCUGUGUGCGUGUGUGUGUGUGUGUGUGUGUGUGUGUGUGUGUGUACAUCUCACAGCUGGUCCAGGUAGUCUGCAAAUGGUGCUUAACCUAUCAUGUGUGACUGGCUAGACUUUCUGUAGCCUGGUUAGCUUAUCACUUUGUCCUUGAUUGUUAAACUUUGCUUUGUUGGUUUGUUUUCAUAUACCUGCUAGAGCAUGUCCUCAUUUGAAAGAUGCAGUUGAAACACUCUAUAAAGUUAUGAAUUGACUGGUUCAAGCUAGUGACUUUUGCUGACUCAAGCUGGAAAUUUUAUAAAAGUCUGCACCAGCAGACACUUUCUCUUGUGCUUUUCAAACUGUAUCUAGACCAGAGGAGAAUUCCCAGUGGUGGGAAUUCCAAACUGAAAGAGGCAACACUCCACCAGCCGUCACUGUUACACCUUCCGUUCCUCAGACUAAGCAUUCUUCUGCAGCAGGUGGUUUAUAAUAGCCUACCAAUGUUUUGGGGUUCUUGAGGUCAGGAGUGACUCUAAGUUUCAAAUGCAUGUGUUUCCUCUUAAGUACUCUUGUCAAUAAAUUCUCUUUAUCAACUUUGUAGUGAGUGUGGCUUCCUUCUUUGUCUCAUACUGGAAUUAGAACUCUAAAUUGUCACA